UUCGACGGGAGGAGAUACACGCCAAUAAACAAGACGAUAAAGGCAGAAACGAAGGACAGGGGAGGGAGAGAAAGUGACGAAGAAGGGAUAAUAGAGUGGAAAAAAGUGCUUAGUGUUGACCAGAAAGACGUGCGUAGAGGCAGCCUGGUGUAGCCAUGGUAGAAACUUCUGUUGUUGGCAGCAGCACGUGACAACGCCCUCUUCCAACAGUCAAGGAUGUCUGGGGAGAGUUAUACCAGGUGGCACAACCAGCCUAGUGACGAUGACGAGGACGAGGCUGGGGAAGGUGGAGGAGGAAGAGGAGGAGGAGGAAGAGGAGGAGGAGGAGGGGGGGUGAGGCUGUCCGGUGGGGGUGUCACCAUCGUCACCUCCCCCUCGCACCAUCACCACCAUCGGCAUCUCCAGCACCAUCAGGAUCUGACCUCCGGCGCCCGUGCGAGGCUCCUGUGCAUUAUGGUCCUAGUGUGCCUGACCUGCCUGACGAUGGGCGUCCUCCUGGGUUACUACGCGGGGUCGGCGGAAGGGCGUGGGAGAGAGUUUCUCCUGGAGGAGGCGGCGAAGGUGGAGCAAGAGGCACCGCCCCUGGGGGUCCUGCCCUCCGGAGACGCGGGCGGGGAGAUCGAGGACGAGGAGAAGGAGGAGGACAUGUUAGCCUCGGCCCUCCUGAAGGAGCUGAAACCUGGAAUGAUCAAGGGAUAUAUGAGGCAGCUCCAGCAGACGCCGAAGACGCUGCUGGCGGACUACCUGGAGAGCGCGUGGAAAGCCCAGGGCCUCCAGACGUCUACCACUUCCUUCACGGUCAACCUCUCGAAGCCGGACCCCGAGCAGCCCAACACCCUGGAGGUGACCUACAGCGACGGCCACCGGGAGCUCCUGAACCCCCUGCCGCAGACGCUCCGCUCCUCCCCCUUCCUCGCCUUCAGCGCCGCCGGAUUGGUCACGGGCACGGUGGUCUACGGACACUACGGACGGCGAGAGGACCUGGUGAAGCUGCAGGCCCUCAAGAUCCCCCUCGCGGGCGCCAUCCUCCUGCUGAGACACGGAAAGAUUCACGACGGAUCCAAGGUGCACAACGCCGAGCAAGCGGGGGCGGCGGGCGUGCUUCUCUACCCCGACCCGCAGGACUUCGCGGGCGUGAAUGGGCGUUUCCCCAACGGCACCGGCUUGCCCAGGGACGGCGUCAUGUGGCGUUCGCUCAACACCGUGCCUGGGGACCCCGCCACGCCCUUCCUGCCGAGCCUCUAUCAGAUUUACAAGGCCCCCGGCGCUUCGAAGACCCUCCCCCGCAUCCCCGCCCAGACCCUGAGUGCCGAGGCUGCGGGGCGUGUCCAGGAGCUGAUGGGCGGUCCGGAGGUGCCCGAGGGGUGGCAGGGCGGCCUGGACACCUUCUAUCGCGUGGGCGGGGCCUGGAUCGCCGGCACGGGCGUGGUCAACGUGACUCUCGCCGUCAGCAACAUCGUGUACCAGGAGACGCUAACGAACGUGCACGCCACGCUGCCCGCUGCGGAUAAUACGAAGUUUGUGAUGCUAGGCUGCCAUUACGGCUCGCUCUACACCGAACCUGCUGCUGGCAUGGCGGGGCUGUUGGCAAUUAGCGAGGCCGUUGGCAAAGCCUUUCCCUCGGGCACUCAGCGCAAGGUCAUCUUCUCCGCGUGGGCCGCCGGCGAGUACGGCAUGAUCGGUUCGACGGAGUUUGCCCAGCUCUACUCUCCGUGGGUGGAUUCCUCCAUGCUGGCCUACCUCAGCCUGGACGAGAUGCUGCAGGGCACGGGCAGCCUGCGCGUCCCGCCUUUCCCGCUGCUGCCAAAGGCCCCCCGGGGAGCGGCGAAAUGCGGGGCCCUGGCACCAUCACGUGCGGGACGGGGUGGGCCUGCAGAAACCCUUAACAUUGCCGAAAAUGGCUGGAGGGUCAGAUUACGGCCUUUCGCACCCUGCUUUCGGAGCAGCUACGUGCUUCGCGCCCAGCACGCGUCCUUCCCCCACUUCGUCGUCAGGAAAGGGAAAUGGGAGCAGGAGAGCCUGGUUUAA